AACGCGGAAGGGAACAGUCAGUGAUUGGAGUGGUCUGUCUGUGCGUACCACACAUCUUCUCGACAUUCUGCCACAAUGUGGCUCAGUGUGGCGAUAAUUUGUGCGGCUUUGGUCGUAUUUAUAUUAAAAUAUGUCUUUAGCAACCGCGGGCCCAACCCCUUCGAGACGGACACUCGUGAACCGUUGAAAAAGAUGGUUUACGACAAGAAAGAGAAAAAUAAAGUACUGAAGCAAGGUUUUGUGGCCAGUAAAGUCCCUGACAACCUGGAUGCCAUCAUCAUCGGCAGUGGGAUCGGUGGGCUCGGGCUCGCGGUGCUGCUGGCAAAAGUUGGAAAGAAAGUCCUGGUUCUGGAGCAGCACGAUCGGGCCGGGGGCUGCUGUCACACAUUCACAGAGAAGGGCUUUGAGUUUGAUGUUGGGAUCCACUACAUCGGUGACCUGUUGGACCACAAGCCGUUCCGCUGCAUGCUGGACCAGAUGACCAAUGGGCAGCUGCAGUGGGAGCCUCUGGAGAAUCCCUUUGACCAUGUAGUCCUGGGACCUCCAGAAAACCGCCGCAGGUACCCCAUCUACAGUGGCAGGACCCGCUUCCCAGAGGAGCUGAAGAAGUGUUUCCCUGGAGAGGAGAAGGCCAUCGACGAGUACUUGAAGCUGGCCAAGAAAGCCGGGCGGGGCAUUUGGCUCCUCGCUGUGCUGAAGCUCUGCCCCGUCCCCUUGGCUAAGUUCCUGGUCUACAGCGGCCUCACCGAACGUCUGUCCUUCUUCUUCAAAAUGGCUCCCCGCACCCUGACAGAGGUGGUCAACGAGCUGACGGAGAACAAAGACCUCCGGGCCGUUUUCACCUACAUCUUUGGCACCUACGGUAACAUACCAAAAGAUGCCAGUUUUUCUAUGCACAGCUUGCUGGUCACUCACUACCUGAACGGUGCCUGGUACCCUAAAGGCGGAGCCAGUGAAAUCGCCUACCACAUGAUCCCCAUCAUCGAGAAGGCCGGUGGUGCUGUUCUAGUCCGAGCCCCAGUUAACAGAAUCUUGUUCAACGAUGCCAAGGAAGCUUAUGGUGUGAGCGUCAUGAAAGGUCAGGAGGAAGUCCACAUCCGUGCCCCUAUGGUCAUCUCCAACGCUGGAAUCUUCAACACCUACCAGAAGCUGCUGCCCAAAGAGCUCCAGGCCAUGCCAGAGAUCCAGAAGCAGCUCAGUAUGAUGAAGAACGGUGAGGGAGGCCUGAGUGUUUUUCUGGGUCUGACUGGAACCAAGGAGGAGCUGGGCCUGAAAGCAGACAACUACUGGAUCUUCACUGAGAACAACUUUGAUGAACUGGUGGAGAACUACAUGAAUGGAAAGAGGGAAGAGUCUGCUAAAAAGGUACCCCUGCUGUUUGUCGCCUCUCCAUCAGCUAAAGAUCCGACAUGGGAGGAAAGAUCACCAGGCAAGUCCACCCUGAGUCUGGUCAGCUUUGCCAACUACGAGUGGUUUGAGGAGUGGAAGGACGGCAAAGUGACAAACAGAGGGGCGGACUACAAAGAGCUGAAACAGGCUUUUAUCGACUCUAUUCUGGAGGUGGUUAUGGACGUCUUCCCUAAGAUAACCAGAGACAAGAUUGAGUACAUUGAUGCUGGAACCCCCAUCACAAACACACACUACAUUGGAGCCCCCAAAGGUGAAAUCUACGGAGCGGAUCACGGUGUUGCCCGGUUCAGCCCCGAACUCAGCGCUACAGUGAGACCUCAGACUCCGCUGAAGAACCUCUAUCUGACAGGUCAGGAUGUGUUUUUGUGUGGCUUUGCCGGUGCUCUCGCUGGAGCUCUCACCUGCGGCUCGGUCAUUCUCAACCGCAACCUCCACCUGGACGCCAUCGCCCUGGCAAAGAAAACAAAAUUUAUGAACUCCAAAUUGAAAGGCGAGUAACUGCCUGAUGAUAUUUGGCUGAGUGACCGUUAUAUACUGUAAUUAACCAGCAGCCGGUCUCACAACAAACUCACAGAUAAUUGUGUGUAAGGAGGCUUUAAGUGCCCCAGCAGAAUUAAUUAUUAAUGCUAACUUAAAAUGGAACGUUUCCACACAGUCUCAUACCAGAACUAAGCUGUGCCUCAACUCUGGAAUAUUCAUGCCUACACAAAGUCAGUUUUUUCAGUUUUAAAAUGUGAGUAACAUAAGACGUGGGAUGUUACAUGUCUGAGUAAUGAGGCUGCUGAGCUUUAAACCAACCUGCACUUAUUCAAAUCUAACAUGACCUUAGGCAAAUACUUUCUACUGUGUUUAAGUUCAUCAUGCAACUUGUUGUUUAGUGUAGUGUUUCUUUUUUGUUUUAUUUUUGUUCUCAAAACUAUCUUGCUGUUUCACUUGGUGCCUAAUUCUACUGUUUGUUUAGUUUGCGGUUUGUAACAAAUCGACAAACGUUCCUCCCUUGUGGGUAUUAAAACAUACAAGCAAUA